AAUACAGUAUUUGAAGCUGAUCCAGCUAACUAGAAAAAAGUAGACAUUACAACCUGAAAAUGACAAAAGAAACUGAUGUGGACACUGGAGUUUCUAAUGAAGAUUCUCCAGAUGAGCAAGAUAGUGAGGAGGAACGUCCUGGAAGUUCACCAUCAAGCUCUGCAGAUGUCCCAUUAUUUGGUGGAGAAAAAGUAGUUGCGACAGCGUAUGAUGUUACUUAUCUUUGUCCUUACACUGGACGUAUUGUUGGAACAUUAUACAUCACAAACUACAAACUACAUUUUGUAAGCAGUGAAGAUAAUGGAGCUUACACAGUUAAUUCACCCUUGGGGAAUUUAAAUAAAAUUGAAAAGGUUGGAAGCUCAGCUAAACAGAAGCAAGACAGUGUGUAUGGCUUAGAAAUGUUAUGCAAAGAUAUGAGGAAUCUAAAAUUUGCAUUGAAGCAUGAAAAUAAUCCAAGACGAAAAAUAUUUGAUGCCAUACAAAAUUAUGCAUUUCCGAUUUCCAAUGGACGAAGUUAUUUUGCAUUUGAAUAUCAGGAAGAAUUUAGAAUGAAUGGUUGGGAAAUCUAUGAUGCAGCAAAAGAAAUGUCUCGAAUGGGCCUCCCAACAGAUUGUUGGAGAAUUACCGAAUUAAACAAAGAUUACAGACUUUGUGAUACCUAUCCUGCAGUUCUGGCAGUUCCAUCCUCCAUUGGUGAUGACGAGGUUCAGAAAUGCGCAACAUUCCGAAGCAAAUCUCGAUUGCCGGUGCUUUCGUGGCUUCACCCAUUAAAUAAUGCAUCAAUUACCAGAUGCAGUCAACCCAAUAUUGGAGUAGCAGGAGUUCGAAGGAACAAGGAUGACGAAAAAUUUGUUCAGGCGAUAUUGGAGGCUAAUCUGCAAUGUCAUAAAUUAUUCAUUAUGGAUGCUCGACCUAAAAUAAAUGCUGUUGCUAACCAGGCAAAAGGUGGCGGAUAUGAAGAUAUGGAUAACUACCCUAACACGGAACUUGUUUUUCUGGAUAUUGCAAACAUUCAUGUCAUGAGAGACAGUUUAAGGAAAUUGAAAGAUAUGGUCUACCCAGAGGUUGAUGAUGCCCACUUUCUAUCUAACUUGGAAUCAACACGUUGGUUAGAGUAUAUAAAGGCCGUCAUAGCAGGAGCAGUACGCAUUGCUGAUACCGUGGACCGUUGCAGAACAUCUUGUAUUGUUCAUUGCAGUGAUGGUUGGGACAGAACACCUCAAUUGACAUCAUUAGCUAUGUUGCUACUGGAUCCGUACUAUAGAACACUCUCUGGUUUUGAAAUAUUAAUUGAGAAAGAGUGGUGUAGUUUUGGGCAUAAGUUUUCACAGAGAUGUGGCUUAGGUGAUAAGAACUACUCGGAUGAUCAAAGGUCUCCAAUAUUUAUACAGUUCAUUGAUGCCGUAUGGCAAGUUACAAAACAGUUUCCGUGUGCAUUCGAAUUUAACGAACAUUUCCUUGUUACCAUUCUGCUUCAUUUAAAUAGUUGUUUAUUUGGUACAUUCUUGUACAAUUCCGAAACCGAUCGAGUUAAGGAGAAUGUCAAAGGCAAAACACAUUCAUUGUGGUCUUAUAUAAAUGACAAUCUGGAAGAUUAUUUAAAUCCUUUGUACGCCAAGUUACUUCAUCAACAUGUAUUGCUACCAGUCGCAAGUGUUCGACAUUUAAAACUUUGGAAGUCACUGUAUAUGCGUUGGAAUCCGAGAAUGCAACCACAGGAAUCCAUGGAGACAAUAAACAAAUUGUUGUUUACACGAGUUCAACAGUUACGUUCAAUGUGUGAAAAGUUACAGAGUGAAUUAGACGCUCGAGCAAAGGUUGAAGUUGAAGUAUCGCCAGCCAAUGAAAGCAACUCUCCGAAUUGGUCAAGCAGUUCCGCUGUCACUCCUGUAUGAGAUUGGUCUGUUACAAUUGUUUUACGAUUGGUAUUUUCCGAUAAGCAAAUAGAAACAUUGUAAUGCUUCUGAUUUCAAAAAUUUUAUUUAGCAAUAAGAAUGUUUUUCUACCCAUUUUCGCACGAACCUCGCUUAGGGGUGUCACCUCAGUUUCUGAAAUUAUUGUUAAACUGAAGUGCGUAAAUUUAUUUUAGUGGGGGGUCACUAUGUUCUUUAUGUGCAGGGACUUGUUAAAAGCAAUUUUUGAUUGGAAUCUAUUCUUUGGUUGAUUUAAAUACAAAAAGAACUAGGUGUCAUAUUUUUCCAUAUUUGUGUGUGGCCCUGGCUCAUGUCAUCACUUUCCUGGUCAGUAAAGUAUCAAAGUUGAAAUUUUAAUUUCUUUUUUCUUUUUUGAUUGAAAGAUAAUGUAAAAACAAGAAAAAAAUGUAUCAAAAAUAUAUUUUGAAAAAAAAGCACCCAAGAGAUAAAGGGA